UCAGCCAAAUCACAAAAUCACAAGCGUUUUAAGGUAAUGGAUCGAGAAUCACUAGAGAAACGACCUGCGAUCUUCGUAGUCGGAUCCCCCAACGUUGGCAAACGGACACUAAUCUCAAGACUACUUAAGGUGGAUUUUGAUGAUGACUCAGAUACAUCACUUGAGUUAUCCGUCAAUGGGUGGACGAUCAACACAAAGUAUUACACAGCAGAUGUUGCAGUAUGGAUAGCUAAUCUUUCUGAUGAGCUAUCUAUUACAAGCUUUCCAGAUGUGAAUCGGAUAGUUGCCUUGGUUAUGGUGUUCGACACCAGCGAUCUCACAACACUAGUUGCUCUAAAAGAAUGGGUUUCACACACUGACAUCCAGAAGUUUGAAAUAUUGCUGUGCAUCGGUAACAAGGUGGAUCUUCUUCCUGGACAUCCAUCACAUGUAGAGUACAAGAGACGCUUGAUGAAGCUUGGUGAAUCAUCUGUCAAUUCUCAUCUGGACUUCUCUGAUUAUGGUAUAUCUAAGACUGAAGGAAGUAGUUUAUUGGGAAAUGAAGAGCCAUCCUUAGGAUUUAAGAGAUCUUGCAUAGAGUGGUGUCUGGAACACAAUAUUGACUUGGGCGCAUGGUCUGAUUUAUCACGGGCGCCGGAUUUUUGUAGGGUCGCGCUCAUCGGCUAGAUCGCCCAUCCUUACCGAAUACCACAGCUCGCCGUCAGCAGGCCAUCCGGGGUUUGAGAGGACCCUACGGCGGGUGAGCGGGGAUUUCUAUUGGCCUAACAUGAAGAAGGAGGUGAAGCGUUUUGUGGAGUCGUGUAUCGUCUGUCAGACCACGAAAUAUUCCACGCAGAAGCCAGCGGGAUUGUUGCAGCCUCUGCCUAUUCCGUCGCAUGUAUGGGAGGAUGUGUCCAUGGAUUUCAUCACGGGACUCCCGCCGUCGCGCGGGUACACGGUGAUAAUGGUGGUUGUGGAUAGAUUGUCCAAAUACGCGCAUUUCGCGGCCCUGCCCACCAAGUUCGACGCCAUGAGAGUAGCGCACCUGUUUGUCAACACAGUAGUUCGGCAUCACGGGUUUCCCAAAACCUUGGUCUCCGACCGUGAUUCAGUGUUCGUAAACAAUGUUUGGGAUGAGGCAAUGCGACUUAGUGGAACCAAGCUGAAUUUCACUACAGCUUAC